AUGGCAGGGGGCAGCUUCCUCAUCGCCGCUUUAAGAGCCCGUCGUAGACACCGUAAAGUUUAUCGUCGUCGCCGGAAAAUUAAAAGAGGAGUAGACUCAAUCAGCUCUUUACCGGAGGUGAUCCUCCAACAUAUACUCUCCUUUAUUCCCACCAAAUUAGCCAUCCAAACUUCCCUUUUAUCAAAACGAUGGAGGCAUGUUUGGUGCGAUAUACCUUCUCUUUCCUUGGAUGAGGAUUACGUGACAACUAGGAAUGCUACUUGGAUCAACAAAACCCUAAGUCUUUACAAAGGUGCCAAGAUAAUAAAUUUUCAACUCAAAUUCAAAACCACCCUGGCGCAGGAUAUUACUCCCCACAUCAACAGGUGGAUCGAGUUCGCCAUCUCUCGCAACGUGGAGAACCUGUGUCUGUAUUUCGGGACACCUUGUUCCUUUCCUGAUUUUUUCAACGUCAACUUCUCCUCUGUCAAGCAACUCAGACUAGUUAUGUUCAACAUUUCUGAUAUCAUGACUCCCGUGUCUUGGACAUCCCUGACGAAGUUGUGCUUGAGUGGUUGUAGUCUCUUUGAUGAAUCCAUGGCUAAGAUUCUAUCUGGUUGUCCACUUCUAGAAAGCUUAACAUUGUGGGCAUGCGAUAGACUGAGUUUUCUUGAUCUCAGCAAAUUAUUGCGUCUGAGAAGACUAGAGAUAGCGUACAACAUAUGGUUUACGGAGCAAGCACAGAUUGUGGCACCACAAAUCCAUUAUCUCAUAUUGAUUAACCGUCAGUUAUCAUCUACCAUUGUUGAUGCGUCGUCUUUAACUGAAGCUAAACUCGACAUUUACUUUCUCCUACUGAUGCCGACCUUCAAGGAUGAUAUUAUUCAAGACAUGGCGCUAAAGAUGCUAGAGAAGGUGAAGAAUGUAGAGAAGCUUACUCUCGGGGGAAACUUUCUUCAUUAUUUAUCUCUUGCCGAGGUUCGUGGUGUUCCUUUUCCCAUGUUGAAGGUGAAAUAUUUGACUCUUGAUACAGCAAUCUUUCGGUAUGUUAUUCCUGGUAUAGAAAGAGUGUUACAAAACUCUCCUGAUUUAAAGAAGCUAACAGUACGUGCAAGGGAUUACAACACCAUUCCGGAGUAUCAUCUUGACAACUACUUGAAGCAACGAGGCUUGAAUCCGGAUCAAUGCUGGAGAUCAAAAGAUGGGGUCGAUUGGAAAAAUUCCUCUUGGGAUGUAAAUUCAAAGCAUAUGGUUUCACUCGUGGAACUCGUUCUUAAAAACACCAAGUCAUUAGACAAGAUAAUCCUUCUUAAGUUCAAAUACCUGUUUCCACCACUCUUUCACAACAACAAUAAUGUCUCCAUUGUGCAAGGAUGA